AUGCUCUGUGGAAUGGGAGAGGGUGUGGUGACUGUUUGGAGGCCUGAAAUGAACGAUUUUGCGGACCAAAUAUCCAGAGUUCGCAUCAGCAAGGAGCCUGUGGAGUCUCUGAUUUCUGCGCUGGAUAGCGAGGGUGAUCAUUUUUGGGCAGGUUCUUUUGAUGGAACCGUCUCGAAAGUUAACACCAGAUCGGGAAAGGUUGUCGAAAAGAGAGUGCACAGCGAGACUGACGAGGUGUCGUUCUUGGACCUGGACCAUGAGUACAGAAUGAUAAGUGCCGGGAUGGAUAGAUUAACUAUAUGGAAGGAAGCUGGGGACGCCGAGUCUAGCGGCGACGAAGAGGAUGAGAACGAUUCUGUGUCCGCCACAAGUGGAGAUGUCAGCUCAGAGGAGGAGGAGGAGGAAUGGACAGGCUUUGGCGAUGAUGAAGAGUCUGGCAACGAGCCGGACGUUUCGUCUGCAGAAGCUUCUUGCCCAGCUGGAAGAUUCUGA